CCCGAGGGGGGGAGGCGGCAGGCGCCGGGAGCCGCGCGAGGAGCUGCCGCCGCCGCCGCGCCAUGGAGCCCGAGUGAGCGCGCGCGGGCCCGCCCGGCCCCGGACAACAUGGAGGCGGCGCCGCCGCGGCUGCUGCUGCUCGCGCUCUGCUGCAGCCUGGCCCCCGCCGCGGCCUCGCCGCUCCUGCUGUUCGCCAACCGCCGGGACGUGCGGCUGGUGGACGCCGGCGGAGUCAAGCUGGAGUCCACCAUCGUGGUCAGCGGCCUGGAGGACGCGGCUGCGGUGGACUUCCAGUUCUCCAAGGGAGCCGUGUACUGGACGGACGUGAGCGAGGAGGCCAUCAAGCAGACCUACCUGAACCAGACGGGGGUCGCCGUGCAGAACGUGGUCAUCUCCGGCCUGGUGUCACCCGACGGCCUGGCCUGCGACUGGGUUGGCAAGAAGCUGUACUGGACAGACUCGGAGACCAACCGCAUUGAGGUCGCCAACCUCAAUGGGACGUCCCGGAAGGUCCUCUUCUGGCAGGACCUCGACCAGCCACGGGCCAUCGCCUUGGACCCCGCACACGGGUACAUGUACUGGACAGACUGGGGCGAGACACCUCGAAUCGAGCGGGCAGGGAUGGACGGCAGUACCCGGAAAAUCAUUGUGGACUCCGACAUUUACUGGCCCAACGGGCUGACCAUCGACUUGGAGGAGCAGAAGCUCUACUGGGCCGACGCCAAACUCAGCUUCAUCCACCGUGCCAACCUGGACGGCUCGUUCCGGCAGAAGGUGGUGGAGGGCAGCCUGACACACCCCUUUGCCCUGACGCUCUCUGGGGACACUCUGUACUGGACGGACUGGCAGACCCGCUCCAUCCACGCCUGUAACAAGAGGACUGGAGAGAAGAGGAAGGAGAUCCUGAGCGCUCUCUAUUCGCCCAUGGAUAUUCAAGUGCUCAGCUCAGAGCGGCAGCCUUACUUCCACACACGGUGUGCGGAGGACAAUGGCGGCUGUUCCCACCUGUGCCUGCUGUCCCCGAGGGAGCCUUUCUACACGUGCGCCUGCCCCACCGGCGUGCAGCUUCACGACAACGGCAAGACGUGCAAGGCAGGGGCUGAGGAGGUGCUGCUGCUGGCCCGGCGGACGGACCUGCGGAGGAUCUCGCUGGACACACCGGACUUCACCGACAUUGUGCUGCAAGUUGAUGACAUCCGGCACGCCAUUGCCAUCGACUACGACCCGCUGGAGGGCUAUGUCUACUGGACGGACGACGAGGUGCGGGCCAUCCGCAGGGCGUACCUGGACGGGUCAGGGGCACAGACGCUGGUCAACACCGAGAUCAACGACCCCGAUGGCAUCGCGGUCGACUGGGUGGCCCGUAACCUCUAUUGGACGGACACGGGCACCGACCGCAUCGAGGUGACCCGUCUCAAUGGCACCUCCCGCAAGAUCCUGGUGUCUGAGGACCUGGACGAGCCCCGGGCCAUCGUGCUGCACCCCGUGAUGGGCCUCAUGUACUGGACAGACUGGGGGGAAAACCCCAAAAUCGAGUGCGCCAACCUGGAUGGGCAGGAGCGGCACAUCCUGGUGAACACGUCCCUCGGUUGGCCCAAUGGCUUGGCCCUGGACCUGCAGGAGGGAAAGCUGUACUGGGGAGACGCCAAGACGGACAAAAUUGAGGUGAUCAACGUCGACGGGACAAAGAGGCGGACGCUCCUGGAGGACAAGCUCCCACACAUCUUCGGGUUCACGCUGCUGGGGGACUUCAUCUACUGGACCGACUGGCAACGGCGCAGCAUCGAGCGCGUGCACAAGGUCAAGGCCAGCCGGGACGUCAUCAUCGACCAGCUGCCCGACCUGAUGGGGCUCAAGGCCGUGAACGUGGCCAAGGCUGUCGGAACCAACCCGUGUGCAGACAAGAACGGGGGGUGCAGCCACCUGUGCUUCUUCACGCCUCACGCAACCAAGUGCGGCUGCCCCAUCGGCCUGGAGCUGCUGAGUGACAUGAAGACCUGCAUCGUCCCCGAGGCCUUCCUGGUCUUCACCAGCAGGGCCGCCAUCCACAGGAUCUCCCUGGAGACCAACAACAAUGACGUGGCCAUCCCGCUGACGGGCGUCAAGGAGGCCUCUGCGCUGGACUUCGAUGUGUCCAACAAUCACAUCUACUGGACGGACGUCAGCCUGAAGACCAUCAGCCGAGCCUUCAUGAACGGGAGCUCCGUGGAGCACGUGAUCGAGUUUGGCCUCGACUACCCGGAAGGCAUGGCCGUCGACUGGGUGGGCAAGAACCUCUACUGGGCAGACACUGGUACCAAUAGGAUCGAAGUGGCCCGGUUGGAUGGACAGUUCCGGCAGGUCCUUGUAUGGAGGGACCUGGACAACCCAAGAUCACUGGCCCUGGACCCCACCAAAGGCUACAUCUACUGGACCGAGUGGGGUGGGAAACCCAGGAUCGUGCGGGCCUUCAUGGACGGGACCAACUGCAUGACGCUGGUGGACAAGGUGGGUCGGGCCAACGACCUCACCAUUGACUACGCUGACCAGCGUCUCUACUGGACCGACCUGGACACCAACAUGAUCGAGUCGUCCGACAUGCUGGGUCAGGAGCGCGUUGUGAUCGCCGACGACCUCCCGCACCCCUUCGGCCUGACGCAGUACAGUGAUUACAUCUACUGGACCGACUGGAACCUGCACAGCAUCGAGAGGGCCGACAAGGCCAGUGGCCGGAACCGCACCCUCAUCCAGGGCCACCUGGACUUCGUGAUGGACAUCCUGGUGUUCCACUCCUCCCGCCAGGACGGCCUCAACGAUUGCGUGCACAACAACGGGCAGUGUGGGCAGUUGUGCCUCGCCAUCCCAGGCGGCCACCGCUGUGGCUGUGCUUCCCACUACACCCUGGACCCCAGCAGCCGCAACUGCAGCCCGCCCACCACCUUCCUGCUGUUCAGCCAGAAAUGUGCCAUCAGCCGCAUGAUCCCUGACGACCAGCACAGCCCAGACCUCAUCCUACCCUUGCAUGGGCUGAGGAACGUCAAGGCCAUCGACUAUGACCCACUGGACAAGUUCAUCUACUGGGUGGAUGGGCGCCAGAACAUCAAGCGAGCCAAGGAUGACGGGACCCAGCCCUUUGUUUUGACCUCUCCAAGCCAGAGCCAAAACCCAGACAGGCAGCCCCACGACCUCAGCAUCGACAUCUACAGCCGGACGCUGUUCUGGACAUGUGAGGCCACCAAUACCAUCAACGUCCAUCGGCUGAAUGGAGACGCCAUGGGUGUGGUGCUCCGUGGGGACCGUGACAAGCCCCGGGCUAUCGUCGUCAAUGCCGAGCGAGGGUACCUAUACUUCACCAACAUGCAGGACCGCGCGGCCAAGAUCGAGCGAGCGGCCUUGGACGGCACCGAGCGUGAGGUCCUCUUCACCACGGGCCUCAUCCGGCCUGUGGCCCUCGUGGUGGACAACAGGCUGGGCAAGCUCUUCUGGGUGGACGCGGACCUGAAGCGCAUCGAAAGCUGUGACCUGUCAGGGGCCAACCGCCUGACCCUGGAGGACGCCAACAUCGUGCAGCCCAUGGGUCUGACCGUGCUGGGCAAGCACCUCUACUGGAUUGACCGGCAGCAGCAGAUGAUCGAGCGUGUGGAGAAGACCACCGGCGACAAGCGGACCCGAGUCCAGGGCCGAGUCGCCCAUCUGACGGGCAUCCACGCUGUGGAGGAUACCAGCCUAGAGGAGUUCUCGGCCCACCCGUGUGCCCGGGACAACGGCGGCUGCUCCCACAUCUGCAUUGCCAAGGGUGACGGGACACCACGGUGCUCGUGCCCGGUCCACCUCGUGCUCCUGCAGAACCUGCUGACCUGUGGUGAGCCUCCCACCUGCUCCCCCGACCAGUUCGCGUGCGCCACCGGGGAGAUCGACUGCAUCCCCGGGGCCUGGCGCUGCGACGGCUUCCCCGAAUGUGACGACCAGAGCGACGAGGAGGGCUGCCCGGUGUGCUCGGCAGCCCAGUUCCCCUGCGCGCGGGGCCAGUGCGUGGACCUGCGCCUGCGCUGCGACGGCGAGGCCGACUGCCAGGACCGCUCCGACGAGGCCGACUGCGACGCCGUCUGCCUGCCCAACCAGUUCCGCUGCGCCAGCGGCCAGUGCGUCCUCAUCAAGCAGCAGUGCGAUUCCUUCCCCGACUGCAUCGACGGCUCCGAUGAGCUCAUGUGCGAGAUCACCAAGCCGCCCUCCGAUGACAGCCCGGCCCACAGCAGCGCCAUCGGGCCGGUCAUCGGCAUCAUCCUCUCCCUCUUUGUCAUGGGCGGGGUCUACUUUGUCUGCCAGCGCGUGGUGUGCCAGCGCUACGCCGGGGCCAACGGGCCCUUCCCGCAUGAGUACGUCAGUGGGACCCCCCACGUGCCCCUCAACUUCAUAGCCCCGGGCAGCUCACAGCACGGUCCCUUCACGGGCAUCUCAUGUGGCAAGUCCAUGAUGAGCUCCGUGAGCCUGAUGGGGGGCCGGGGCGGAGUGCCCCUCUACGACCGGAACCACGUCACCGGGGCCUCGUCCAGCAGCUCGUCCAGCACCAAGGCCACCCUGUACCCGCCGGCCCUGCUAGGUCCCAGGAAAUAGCUGGAUUGUUUUCCAAAGGACUGUCACUCACAGUUGACUUUUGUGGCUGAAACACUCCAAGGAGGCCGCGUGGGCUGAGGGCCUGGUCCUAGCUGAGCCACAUGCUACAGAGAAAUGACCGUACAGAGGGUGAAACACUGAAGCCCCCAGGGCCCCCCCCUUCCACCAGGUUCCUGCCAGGGGACCUCUCCUGAGGCUGGCUUGGGGGGGGCGGGGCGGGGACACUUCCAAGAGCACAGCCCCAGGGACCUGGGUGAGCUCGAUGCACCAGCGUGAGUCUGUGUAGACAAGCAUCGGAGUCUGACGUUACAUGGUUCUAUACUUUUUAAUCCUUAAAAAACCUGACUUCCUGCAACACUGUGCUCUUCUAAGCUGAACACUACCUCCUGUGCUUUCUUUGGGGGUCUCCAGGAAGCCCUACCCGCCAGGGCUGAGUGUUUCUGCCUUUCCGGUGUCUCGUGUCCAGGCUCUCCGCUCCUUACCACAUCUGACACUGGCAGCCCUGGGAGGAAGGGGCAGCAGGGGACACUGUCUGGGCUUUGCCCGCUGGGAACUGCGUCUCCUGGAGGCUGCAGGCCCAGGCCAUGUCUAGAGGCAGCAGAAACGAGGAGCCGCAAGCCUGGGGUUCAGAAUACUCCCCCCCAUCCCUCUAGUCCUCUGUGUUGUCCCCAUCCCCUGACUCUUACAUGCGCUACGUGACCAGCUAGAAAUACCAGCUCACUCCGGGACCGCCCCCGAGCCCCCCGUGCGGACACCAGGAGGCUCGAUGCUCUGGCUUCUCUGUCCCCUGGCUCCGCUGGGAGCCGGGGGAAUUCUUAUUAGCAGCAAGAGAUGACACUGUUACCAGCCCAGCUAUUUUUUUUUUUUUUUUAAGAUUUUGUUUGUUUAUUUGAGAGCGAGCGAGCGCACUUACA